CUCUUUUUUAACUGUCCACGCCUUCUUCAACAAUGUAUCUUCUUACCUCGCACGCCUUCUUCAACAACCAGAGACAACUGAGCUCUUCAACUAUGGCGGCGAUUCUUCGUUCCUCUUCACUCUUCCUUAUCAUCUUUCUCUUACACUCAGCUUACGUGGCAAAGUCCGAGUCAUUUAUCGGGGUCAAUUACGGCCAAGUCGCCGAUAACCUCCCACCGCCGUCUGCGACGGUGAAGCUGCUCCAAUCCACCGCAAUCGAGAAGGUUCGACUAUACGGAGUUGAUCCGGCGAUCAUCAAAGCUCUAUCGAACUCCGGCAUCGGAAUCAUGAUCGGAGCGUCCAACGGCGACAUUCCGGCCAUGGCUUCCGAUCCGAACUUCGCCAACAAUUGGAUAAACACCAAUGUCAUUCCUUUCUAUCCAGCCAGUAAUAUCAUCCUCAUCACCGUCGGCAACGAGGUCAUGUUCUCCGGCGACCGGAAUCUGAUGAGUCAGCUUUUGCCGGCGAUGCAUAACCUCCAGAACGCCCUGAACUCGGCGUCGUUGGGCGGGAAGAUUAAGGUCUCAACAGUUCAUUCCAUGAAUGUGUUGAGACAGUCUGAUCCACCGUCUUCUGGAAGUUUCGAUCCGAGCUUUGCUGAUUUGAUGAAAGGGCUGUUAGAGUUCAAUAAGGCAACUGGUUCGCCUUUUCCGAUCAAUCCGUACCCGUUCUUUGCAUACCGGAGCGAUCCAAGGCCUGAAACCCUGGCGUUUUGUUUGUUUCAGCCCAACUCAGGACGAGUUGACUCGGGCACCAAGAUCAAGUACACUAACAUGUUUGAUGCCCAGGUGGAUGCGGUUCGAUCAGCGUUGAAUUCAGCUGGAUUCAAGGAUGUUGAGAUUGUGAUCGCUGAGACCGGAUGGCCGUACAAAGGAGACAGCAAUGAGGUGGGUCCGAGCAUUGAGAAUGCCAGGGCUUAUACUGGCAAUCUGAUUGCGCACCUAAGGUCGAUGGUAGGGACGCCAUUGAUGCCUGGGAAAUCAGUGGAUACGUAUCUCUUUGCAUUGUAUGAUGAGGACUUGAAGUCUGGACCAACUUCCGAGCGAUCAUUUGGGCUUUUCAAGCCUGAUUUAACCAUGACCUAUGAUGCUGGACUUUCAAAGACUACCCAGACUCCAUCGACGCCAAAAACUCCGGUGACUCCAUCCCCAAAGGCAAUCAAAGCAGCUUGGUGUGUGCCUAAGGCAGGUGUAUCAGAUGCCCAAUUACAAACAAAUUUGGAUUAUUCUUGUGGACAAGGGAUUGAUUGCAGUCCAAUCCAACCAGGAGGUGCUUGUUUUGAUCCAAACACUGUGGCAUCACAUGCUACUUUUGCCAUGAAUCUUCUCUACCAAACUGCUGGCAGGAAUCCAUGGAACUGUGAUUUCUCACAGACUGCCACUCUCUCGUCCAACAAUCCUAGUUAUAACGGGUGCAUUUACCCGGGUGGAAGUACCUAAGAACAGAGCAAUCUUCUUUCAGAAUAAGAUCACUAAUUGUGGCAGGCAUGUGUUAUUGUUCUUAUUCUUCAGUUAGUGGGUAAGGUAUCUUUUUUUUAUGAACAGAAGAAGGAGAUCGGUAAUAGGGGUGAACCAUACGCAGAAGGAAUUUCAGUGAUUCCCACAAUUUUCAAUGUCGAGAUGGAAUUUCAUUUGAUUCCCUCUCCUUUUUAUAUGUAAAGAGAUUAUUAUGCUUCUGCAUGCUUGUAAAAAAAAUUAUUUCUCGUGUAUAUGGGAAGUUAUGUGUUUGGCUUC